GUUCAUUUUUUAAGGCAUGUGAUCCUUCCCAAAGAGUUGGCUGAGCUAGUUCCUAGGACCCACCUGAUGACAGAAAGUGAGUGGCGUAACCUUGGAGUGCAGCAGUCUCCAGGCUGGAUUCAUUAUUUAAUCCAUGCUCCAGGUAAGGAAUAAUGUCAACCCUACAGUGUAAUAAAUUGUGGGUAGGGGUAAAGUAGUCACUUACAUGUAGUGUAGCCUCCCUCGCAGUUAUUUUAGUGUCGUCACGCAAUGCUCCUCUCCACAAACAUUACAAAUGAGAGGUUGCAUGCCAAAACUAAAACAGCUGCGAGGGACACUACUCUUAGCAGGGCUUUUAUAAAGAUUUCAAGUUGCUGGGUAUAUUAUUAUAAAUAGUGAACUUAUGCAAAAGGAUGGGAGAGGAAAGAACAUGGCAAAUCUUGUGUAAUAAGGGUGACAAUAAUAAUAGUGUGUUUGGGAAAAAUUUUCAACAAAAUUGUAAUAGCCCUGUCACGUCAGGGCUUAAAAUGCCGGCUAACCAUCAGACAAUGUCCAGACUUAGUGAGGAUUUGACUGGUCAAAUUGACCAGUACAUUCAAUUGUAUUGAAAAUGACGCAAAUUAAAAUUUCCAUGCCGCUCAGUUAUCAGUAUGUAGCAAGUCGUUGUGUAUUGCGGAACUUUGAUCUGAAAUCCUGGGUGAAAUGCAACAAGAACCGUUGUUCAGAACCAUUCUCGCAUUGAAACAGACAUCGGGAUUCACGCACUUCCAUUCACAAAGUUAAAAAUAUUUUCACUUGUAUUAGUUAAUUUUCUUGAAGAAUACAAAUUUUCUUCCCUUAGGGAGCAACAUGGAUUACUGGCGUAGUUUUAGGAUCAAAAUCUCAUACUGUGAUGUGCACAACAGAAAGCGUUAUAUUUGGAGGCACCAGAGAAAUUUAAUGUGUACGAUGAUUUAUUUUGUUGACAAUGAGUGCUUUAAAGUGCUUAAAGUUCUAAGCAACAACUUUUUUGAAAAUAUUUAAUGCCAGUUCUGGUUCAUCACUCCUGUUGUAAGAGUUAUUUAUCUUACAAAUUUGACCAGCCAGAAGUGAUACCUGACAGAGCUAAAAUGAAUUUGGCUAGUCAUCGUGUCUGGAGACUCUCCAGAAAUUAUUUUGAGCCCGGCACAUAUGUCACACGAGUGUUUUGCCGUCUUCUUGUUUCUGCUGUCUUGGCUCCAUUGGAUAGCGCUAUCCACCGGAUAAAUCACUAUCCCAUAUUAGGCCGGAAAACCAAUAACCAAUGUGUUAUCCACGGGAUAGAUUUUUAUCCAGUGGAUAGUGCUAUCUUACGUUUGAACAACGGGGGCCUGUUGUGUAAGCUCACUGUUGUAGGUCUGAGGCAGGACUUAGCUUUAACAGUUAGGGAGUUCUUAUGGUUCUAUUAUUUCUUUUUUCUGUUGAAAGAAGCUGGAGGUCAUGCCCAUUGUAGCCAGCGGGAAAUCCCCUGGUCCUGGCUCUUAGUAGGGAGCUUAAGCAACUACGACGACGACCAAAAUGUCAACUUCAAAAAACAAUAGGUUUAAUCAUCCAAACAACAGCUCUGCAUGUACAUCAUGCUUUUUAAUACAUUUCUUUGACGUCCACUGAACAACAACGACGUGAAAUCUCCUAUUUUGACGUUUUAUGGAUGACGUGGACAAACAACGACAAAUUUUCCUUCCUCUUUUUGUACCUGAAUAAAAUCCUUAAGAAUUCAACUCCAGGAAAAGUCGCCUGCAUUUGAUAUAUUGAGCGGGUCCAAAUAGACACAACUAAGUUUGAAAAAACACAAAUUCAUUUUUUUACCAACUUUUUCACUGCUGUCGUCAUCGUCCUUGCUUAAUGUCCCCAGUGGAUUUUUUCUCCAUACAUCUCUUUAUUACCUAUGGAGACAGGUUGUGUAUAGUAAUUCUAACUUUUGAGUUUGAAAACAAGAACCUUUAGUGUCACCAUUCAAAUGGAACCUCAAUACUUCAGCAUGGUAUGUCCAGUGUACAAUAUGUAUUUCAGUAUUUUGCAAACUGAAUGCAACUUUGCUGGUGGUUUUUGCCAUGGAUCAUUGUUUUCACAUUCUGUAGUUUUUUUAUGGGUGCGUUGAUUCCUUUGGCAGGGUUUUCAGUAAGAUUUUAAGUAGGCGGCAAAAGCUUUGGAGUAGGCGGAGAAGGAAAAAUCUCACAACAAAGGCACAAGUUUCUUGGAAAAUUUUGAAAUCUGACUGUCUUAAAAUUAAUGUAUUUCCAGCAUUCUGGAACAAAAAUUAGCGUGUUUGAACAGAACACAAACAUCAUUAGAUUUUGGCUUUUUUAUUCAGUGACAGCGCAUGAAUACUCUAUUUAAGCUGGGCUAAUUUUGAAAGAAAAGUAGGUGGCAAGUUCACGUGAAAUAACCAGUGAAUUUUGGUGGCUACUUCGGGAUGCAAAGAAAGUCGGUUUUACGGCUUGCCAUUCGGGCAAGUUGUUGCUAGUAUGUACUAGCCCAAGAGUCUUAGCCCAACAAAAUUUUUGAUGAGCAGCAUUCAUUACCAAGCCUGUGCUCUAAGGAAAAUUGAAGGGAGCCCAGUGCUCUGAAACCUGUAAAAUCUAGGGUGCCCAGCAUAUGAUUUGUAUGAAAAAACUGAGAUUUUCUACUUGCCCAAGGGCAAAAGUUAAAAGCAGCCAGGGGCAACCAUGCUCUGCUAGAGCACAGCCCUGAUAACAGUCCUUUCUGUAAUUUGAAUUUGCCAAAAAAACUUCACUUGCCUGAAAAGAACAGAAUUCACUAGCCUGAUUGCAAAAUCUACUAGCCUCGGGCUAUUGGACACAACUUUCUUUGCACCCCGGGCUACUUGCUCUUAUUGAAAACCCUGCUUGGGAUCGUCCAGAUCAGGAUCAGUGAUCUGAGAUCACUUAGAUAAUAAGGGACCAACAAAUCCACCCUGAGAAAGGAUUCACAGGUUCAUUUGAUGUGCUUCAUGUAUGAUCCAAGUGAUCUCGGAUUACAGAUCCCGACCAGAGUAUCUUAAUGGAUUGUACCCUAUCUGUUUGCCUUUAAAGAGCCACACGUGCUUCUGUUCAAAAGGCCUGCCAACUAA